UACCUGCACAACACGGAAGCUUUUGAACAACACACCCAAUGCUAACCAGCUGUGCGAGUAAUGCUAGCUCAACCGGUUUCUUCAGAUAUUGGGAAUUGUUUUUUAUAUUUUUAUCUAGACAAAGCUGUCGUUCACAAUUCUUGUGCACGGAUUAAUGCUAUGGUGUAGAGCUGUUGUUCUGGCUUGUGACAAAAGCAUGUUGUACUUGAGACGCUGAAAAUGGAGAAGAGAUCGAGCGUUGUGUGACUACUGUGUGUGGCCCUGUUAUGGAGAAGCCGUGGAGAUUGUGGGGGGCUCUGGAGCGCUGCACCCUCUGUCUGGUGUCUUGGUCCUGGGGCGCUUGCCGCGUCUCUCUUCUGGCUCUCAUCCUCACAUUUCACCUGUAUGGAGGCUUCUUUCUCUUAGCUCUCAUCCUGGCCUCUGUUGCUGCCAUACUUUACAAAUUCCAGGAUGUGCUUCUCUACUUUCCAGACCAGCCCUCUUCAUCUCGACUCUAUGUCCCAUUGCCAACAGGUAUUCCUCAUGAGAAUCUCUACAUCCGCACCAAAGAUGGUGUGAAACUUAACCUUAUUCUGCUCCGAUACACUGGAGGGGACGCAGUUCCUGGAGUCACAGCUGGCAGUCAAAGCACCUCUUCUCCACCAACUAUUCUUUAUUUUCAUGGCAAUGCUGGCAACAUUGGCCACAGAGUACCAAACGCUCUGCUUAUGCUGGUCAAUCUGAAGGCCAAUGUAGUGCUGAUGGACUACAGAGGUUAUGGGAAAAGUGAGGGUGAGCCAAGUGAGGAUGGGCUUUACUUGGAUGCAGAGGCCACACUGGACUACGUUAUGACUCGACCUGAUCUGGACAAGACUAAAGUGGUGUUGUUUGGCCGCUCGCUUGGAGGUGCUGUGGCUGUGCGCUUAGCUUCUGCCAACCCCCAUCGCGUAGCUGCCAUUAUUGUGGAGAACACCUUCCUGAGCAUCCCUCAUAUGGCAUCUACCCUCUUCUCAUUCCUGCCCAUGCGCCUCUUGCCCUUGUGGUGUUACAGGAAUCAGUUCCUCUCAUAUCGGCAGAUUCUGCAGUGCCGCAUGCCCUCUUUGUUUGUGUCUGGUCUUUCUGACCAGCUCAUCCCGCCUGUCAUGAUGAAACAGCUCUAUGAGUUGUCUCCAGCACGGACUAAGCGCUUGGCUAUUUUUCCAGAGGGCACACACAACGACACAUGGCAGUGUCAGGGCUACUUUGCUGCACUGGAGCAGUUUAUGAAAGACUUGCUUAAAAGCCAUGCCAAUGAAGAGAGUGCUCAACCUUCUGCGAGUGUAACUAUUAUUUAAAACUGUUGACUACAAAAUAAGGCAAAGAAUGUACAUUUGUAUCCAUUUGUCUGCAGCAUUAUUUUAUCACACUUUAUUACUUUGUAAAUGUAAUUGUUAUGAAAAAUCUUUAAAGAUUUAUGAGAUGAUGGCUCUGCCGCUUUAUAGGUGUGUUGUGGUGCAGCUAUGAAUGCAUGUAAAACUUAUGAUGUUUUCUGAAAGAUCCCAGAGUAGACCUGAUCACUAUAAAAUGCUCCCUAAUAAUUAAAAGAAUUACAGACUGAAGCAGGGUUCGCAACACAAGUUACUUUCGUUAAGACCUACUCUGUACAUUUUGUUUAUAAUGAAUUUUUAUCUGACCUUCUGAUGUGUAAAGAUAUAAUUUCAAAUGUGUGUGACACUAGGCAGACAUGUAACUACUAGUACACAAACUAGUACUUACUGGAGGUACUGGAGAUGACAUGUAUACCAAGAAGUCUCACACAUACUGUAUAGCUUUGAAGUUCUUCAUUUGAUUCUUUGUUGUGUGUCACUUUGCAAUAUUUAAUAGACAAAACAGUUGAUUGUGGGUAAUGGUGUGAGCCCAUGAUUAUCUGACGCUCUGGCUGUAGUCUGUUGGAGGGCUUUUAAUGAGCUAAUUAACCUUUGGUGCAUGUCUUCCAGGGGUGGAGCAGAGUCUGACAAUGAAAACACUGUUAUCUGCUUGGGCUUACAAAAUGCAGCACACAGCAGCGCUAAAAGCCAUUUGAUUACACAUCUCAGCCAUAUCUAAACUGUUUGUAUACUGUACCUGACCCCGGAUAUGACUCACUGAAUGAUUUAACAUGUUUGUCACACGAUGUUAAAAUAACAUUAAAAUAAUAAUUAAAAUUAAAAGAAAAACUAUACUAAUAAUAAUAAUAAUAAUAAUAAAGCUGUUGGUGGAUGCAUUUACAAAGACACAACUCAAGAUACUGCAAAAUGUGAUAAUUCAAGAGAUUAUAAGAAUUGGGGACAUUAUUGUGACAGAAUUGUGAUUUUCAAAAACUAGAGGAAACUAGCCGCAACAAGCUUCUCCUUUGCCUAUGUAUUUACCAAUAUUGUCGUAAAACUAUUAUGACCCAUUUCUUUUUCAUAAUGUGAGUGGCACCAAAGCAUCAUAUUGUUUAAUAUGUUAAAUUCAUUUAUUUUUUGUACAGACUAAAUUCAGGGGAUUUUUGUGAUUAGUUUCAUUCCUACUUAUUUAAUUGGUAAUGUGUUAAUUUGAUUUUAAGUGCUUACUUGGGCCACAUAGCAUAGUUUGAAUGUGUUACUGAAAAUAUCCAACUGAAUGUUUGGUUCUAAUUUGAUGUGGCAGAAAUACUGCAGGGCAUCUUUGUGUUCACCAGUAAAUCGAGCUGUUGUCUGUAUAUGAGAAGUGAGUCUAUUGUACUGAGGCAGCACAGUGGUUAAUGGACAUCCUUUAAUUACUCCACAUUAAUGACAUCUGAAUGAAUCAUUGUUUUAUACUCAUAAAAUACUCGUGUCAGUUUGAGUGCUUUUCCAUUUUUCUAUUUCAAAACAUCAAACUUAUUUUGUAAGCACACUUUCACUUUCUAUUUUCUGUACUGUAACAUGCAAUAAAUUGAUACAUUAAGUUGAA